GUGGCCUUUUCUAAUUGGCAAGCAAUUCGUGCCGUUUCCAUUCUAAGCCAGCUGCGCUUCCUAUAAAUAAAGCCUGCCCUCGCUCCUCCUCCUUCAUUCUCAGUUACUGUUUCUUUCUUUCGAUUAAUUAUUCUCUAGUUAUAGCCUCUCGAUUUCCUCUUCUCUCAAGAUGCAGAUCUUUGUUAAGACUCUGACCGGCAAGACCAUCACCUUGGAGGUUGAGAGCUCCGACACCAUAGACAAUGUCAAAGCUAAGAUUCAGGAUAAGGAGGGCAUACCCCCAGACCAGCAGAGGCUCAUUUUCGCGGGCAAACAACUCGAAGAUGGCCGCACCCUCGCGGACUACAACAUCCAGAAGGAGUCUACCCUCCACCUGGUGCUCCGCCUCAGGGGUGGAAUGCAGAUUUUUGUCAAAACCCUCACGGGCAAGACAAUCACCUUGGAGGUUGAGAGUUCCGACACCAUUGACAAUGUCAAAGCCAAGAUCCAAGAUAAGGAGGGCAUUCCCCCAGACCAGCAGAGACUGAUAUUCGCCGGCAAACAACUGGAAGACGGCCGUACCCUUGCCGACUAUAACAUCCAGAAGGAGUCGACACUGCAUCUGGUGCUGAGGCUCCGUGGUGGGAUGCAAAUUUUCGUGAAGACCCUCACCGGGAAGACGAUCACAUUGGAGGUGGAGAGUUCAGACACCAUCGACAAUGUGAAGGCCAAGAUUCAAGACAAGGAGGGUAUCCCACCGGAUCAGCAGAGGCUGAUCUUUGCCGGCAAGCAGCUCGAAGAUGGAAGAACCCUUGCGGAUUAUAACAUCCAAAAGGAAUCGACCCUGCACUUGGUGCUGCGUCUCCGCGGAGGAAUGCAGAUUUUCGUGAAGACCCUGACGGGGAAAACCAUCACACUUGAGGUGGAGAGCUCCGAUACUAUUGAUAAUGUGAAGGCCAAGAUACAGGACAAGGAGGGAAUCCCGCCGGAUCAGCAGAGGUUGAUCUUUGCGGGGAAGCAAUUGGAGGAUGGCCGGACAUUGGCCGAUUACAAUAUUCAGAAGGAGUCCACCCUGCAUCUUGUCCUUCGUCUCCGUGGUGGUUUCUGAGCCAUUGGCAAUGGUGGGGGUUGUGGCUUGUGUCAUGUGGGGUUGGGUAUGAAAUCAGUUGAUAGACAUUUUCUGUUUUUCAAUUUAAUAUGUAUGGUGAGGAGGUCCUAAGGAGUUCUUAAUGUUGAAUAAAAUUUUAAUUUUAAAUUUA